GGGGAGGAGUUAACUCCGGAGGUGCCGGCUCGACUCACAGUACCUGCUGCCGCCGCCGCUGCCGGUGGGAGGGAGAGAGGGAGGGACAAGGAGAGAGGGAGCCGGCUGGGCGGCGGGAGCGCUCCAGUCUGGGCCCGCGCUAUAGCCUGAAGCAGAACGGGAGGGCUCCGGGAGGAGUGGGCAGACUGUGACGGGGGCACGUACGCCAGGGGGCGCGCCAGUCCGAGGGGAGGUGGGCUGCCAGGGUAGGGGGUAGGUUCACCUCUGGAAUUAGGGCUGCAGGGAAGAGGGGGUGCGAGCCAAUCCAACGCACAUCUGGAAGAAAGCAGGGGGGCCCAAGGGCGGCGGCGCCAGUGUCACUGGAACCGAGAGGCGCGCAGAAGACACAUCUGGAACCAAGGAGCGGUCGCGCAGCUGGAUCCAGAAAGGAGCUCAGAACGCACAGCUGGGACUUAGAGGUGGGGUGGUGGGCUAGCACCUCGAACAGCUGCAAGAGAGGGAGAGGGCGGCCACACAGCUGGACUAAUCAGGGGGCGGGGCCAGCGUAGACAGCUGGAAGUGGGAGGGGCGCUUCCCGCAGGGAGCCGGAGAAUGGAACUGUGAGCCUAAAAGAAAGGGGCAGGUGAAGGGGGCAGGGUGGUACCCUAAGAAGAAGGAGGGAAGGAAGAUGCAGCUCACUCGCUGCUGCUUCGUGUUCCUGGUGCAGGGCAGCCUUUAUCUGGUUAUCUGUGGCCAAGAUGACUCCCCCUAUGGUUCUGAUGACCCUGAACAUGAUGAUGCUGAGGGACAACCUCGGUCCCGGGUGCCUCGGAAACGGGGACAUCUCUCCCCCAAGUCCCGUCAGACUGGCUCCACACUCCUUGGGCUGCUGGCCCCACCAGGGGAGUCAUGGGGGGAUCCAGGACAGCCCCCUGCCCAUACCCACCAUAGUGCUGCAUCUCCUGCCAAGCUGAAAAAAAUCUUUGGCUGGGGCGACUUCUAUUCCAACAUCAAGACAGUGGCACUGAAUCUACUGGUUACAGGGAAGAUUGUGGACCAUGGCAAUGGUACCUUCAGUGUCCACUUCCAGCACAAUGCCACCGGCCAAGGGAACAUCUCAGUCAGCCUAGUGCCCCCCAGCAAGGCUGUGGAAUUCCACCAGGAGCAGCAGAUCUUCAUCGAAGCCAAAGCAUCCAAGAGUUUCAAUUGCCGGGUGGAGUGGGAGAAAGUGGAUCGGGGCCGGCGGACCUCACUCUGCACUCAUGACCCUGCCAAAACCUGCUCCCGGGACCACACACAGAGCUCAGCUACCUGGAACUGCUCCAAGCCCUUCAAGGUCAUCUGCAUCUACAUCGCCUUCUACAGUACAGACUAUCGGCUGGUCCAGAAGGUGUGCCCAGACUACAACUACCAUAGUGAUGCCCCCUACUAUCCUUCUGGGUGAUGCCCUGGGUGGGUAGAGGGGAGGACCUUCAGGGACCUUCCCUCCCUCCACCACGGGCUGAAGGGGAUUGUACCACCAGAGGAAGAGGAGACCUAGGGGGCACAGGGUGGGAAAGAGACUGGAUUUCCAGGCAGGAAGGGAGAGUGAAAGCAAAAUUGUGGGGUAUGAUCAGAGUAAAGUCAAGCGAGAAGGAAAGGGAAGAAAGUUUUGGAGUGAGAGCUAUUGAGUAACCUGAAACAUGUGAAAUUGAGAAGGGAUAGGUUCUAGGUAACGGCCUCACAGGAGACUGAGUUGUGGGUAGACAUUGAGUUCUAGGGGUCUGAGGGAAGUGGGUUAGAGAAGCCUCUGGCAAAGAUCUAGAGUCAAAUAUCUCUAGGGAUCAAAUGAUGUAGAGGCACCUUAGUUCCCUGGCCACUAUACUCAAGAAGAGACAGACAUGAAAUGGUGAAUAUCUUCAGAGAAAAUACAAAGUUGGAAGGGCUCAGGAAAGUCUGCAGUCAGGAGAAGGGCAUUUCCAACAGCCUGGGUGGAAACACUGAAGAUGAAUUUGGAUUAGAACAAACACCCAUCCUAGUGGUUGAGAAUUGUCAGCACCUAGUCCUUGAAGGUCAGUAGAGUGAAGUGGGAGGGAUAACCAUCAGUCAUCAAGAUCUCAGUUAAUGGAGGACCCUCUUUGCCACAUCCCUCAUCUUUAAGAGCCACUCUCUCCUGCUAAUAAGGAUCUCUAAGGGGAUCCUACAUCCCACUCUCAGAUAAUGUUGGGAGGCAUACUCUGGUGGGAUAAGCUUUGUGAGAGUGUGGGAAGAGAGUCUUCAAAUCCCAGCAAAAGGUUCACUGGGAACAUAUGAAAAGACAUUCAGACAUUGUACUGUUAAUGAUCUCUUCUCCUCUGCCCCCCCCAAUGCCUCCUGAGUCUCCUCCUCCUGUAUUGGGUAUGUUUCCCCAAGGGAGUAAGCUUGGGAGGGAAGACAGAACACCUGAGUCCCCUCUGCAACCUUUGCUUCCUUCACCCCAGAUGACUCUAAGGGGCUGCCAGUUACUUCAGAAGAAGCAAGGCUGAAUGAGACAGAGGGCACUAGGUCACUGUUUCAGAUGUUCUGUGGUG